UAUACUGAUACUUUACGGUUGGUAAAGCAGCCUAUAAAAACAGUAGUUAUGGGCGGAGCAGGAGAAGUACAGGCUUGUUUUGUCUGAUAGCCUACAGUACGUGUGUGCGCGAGCUCUAAUGUCAUAAAGACAGAAAAUGAGUGAGGAUGUGUAUGAGGUCCCUGAGGGGACAGAGUAUCGUUAUCUAGUGCAGGACGAAGAGGAAGAGAUACAGUACGUUCGUCGCCACUACGUCAGUCCAUUCCUGGUGGUGUCACGCAGAUGCAUGUUCCUCAUCGGCUGUGGCGUGGUGGGUCUCCUCUCUCUCGCGGGAUACCUGGCUUAUGUGGCUGAGACUCCGCCUCCAUGGGUGGCAGAGGUGAAGACGGAGUGCGGUUGGCUGCGUGGGCGCUGGAAAGGUGGAGCGUACUCUUUCAAGGGCAUCCCAUACGCUGUACCACCAGUGGGUGAACGUCGUUGGCGACCUCCGGCGAAUCUAGUGGAGGCGGGACAGUGUUGGGAAGGUGUGUAUGAUGCUACUCGAUUCCGCAGCAUCUGUGCACAGGUGCAACCCCUUCGAAAAGACGGGCAGGUCAUGGGACAGGAGGACUGUCUGCAUCUCAGCGUGUGGACUCCGAGUCUGCAGCCUGCAAAACCCCUGCCCGUCAUGGUGUGGAUCCACGGAGGGUACCUCCACAUGCUGAGCGGCCAGGAGAAAGGCUACUCCCCUACUGAAGAGCUGGCGGCCCGCACGCAGAUGGUGUAUGUCAGUCUGAAUUACAGGCUCAAUGCUUUUGGCUUCAUGGCCCUGGAAGUGCUCAGAAAAGGCUCUCCCACCAACUCCUCUGGGAAUUAUGGCUUCAUGGACCAGAUCCAAGCACUUCAGUGGGUCCAGCAGAAUAUCCAUAACUUCGGUGGCGAUGCAGGGAGAGUUACCAUAUUUGGUCAAAGUUCAGGAGGAACUUCGGUUUGGACCUUGAUGAUGUCUCCACUAGCCAAAGGACUCUUUCAUCGUGCGAUUGACAUGAGCGGCUCGUAUGUGUAUAAUGCUUCCCUGGAGUCAGCAGAAAAAGACAACUUAGAAUUCCUGAGGAGAACUGGCUGCAAGGACGCCAUCUGCCUGAGAGGACUACACAUCACUCAAGUCCUUCAGGCAAUCCCGUGGCAGGAGUACCCAUCAUGGGCAGCCGAUGACUUAGUCGAUCUUCCAGUCAAAGGUGUAUUUGUUGGUCCAGUUGCAGUAGUUGACGGCCAUGUUCUCAAUGCUCCUCCGUUUGAGACCUGGGAGAAGGGUGGAGCCUAUAAUGAUGUCCCAUUUGUGGUUGGAACAACUGAACAGGAGACUGAUUAUGGUCCUCCAUAUAAAAACAUCUCUACAUGGACAUGGGGGGACUAUCGGUGGAUUGUGACAAACAAACUGACCCCUUUCGGAAAGAACCUGACCGAUCAGGCGCUGAGGCUGUAUGAUAGCUCAGCACCGUGUCCGACCUCCGAUCGGUGUCCAGAGAGGCUCUUCACCACCAUGGUCUCUGACAUGAAGGCCACCUGCCCCAGGAAUGACCUGGCUAAGAGAGCUUCAGAUGCUUUAAAGAGCCCAGUAUACCGUUAUCUGGUGACUUACACUCCAUCAAAACAGGCAAACGCCUCCAGCUGGCUUCCCUUCCACAGUCGCUUUGCCUUUCAUCUUCUAGACAGCCUGGCCUUCUUCAAGGGUCUUGAAAUGGUGCUAGGGACCCUGUCACCAUCUGAUAUGAACUUCCAGGAAAUGAUCACCAAGUAUUUUGUGCAUUUUGCCAAAGAGGGUAGGAUGCCAGAGGAGUGGCCGGAGUUCCCCUCACACGUCGCCCUGCUGGACAAGAACAUUUCUUUUGUGAAAAGCUACUCUAGAGAGAGGUGUGACCUGUGGGAGCAGAACGGCUUCUACUCAUACGCCUGGAUCAACUGAGCCACAUCAUCAUCAUCGGUUGUAUCGAUCCAUCCACUGCAUUUUCAUCUGAGCAGCGCUUUAUUGUGUGAUUAUACAGUACUGACACAUUUAGAAGACUUCGCAGAGUGUGGGGUGAAUUUUAUGCACAGUUGUUUGCACCUACAGGAAAAUUUUCCAUAUGAAAGCAAAAUCGCAGAGAUCUCUUCAAUGUCUCAAUUCUUUCUCCUUGAGAGCAAUGAGAUUAAAUUGAACUCAAAUAGAGACUCAGAUCUUGCAAAUGGGGAAAAUGAUCCCAGAUGAGAUCUCAGACUUUCCACUAUAACAAAGUCUUCAUAGUUAAAGACCACAAUAUGAAUCUGAACAUUUCUUAUCAUAUUUUUCCAAGACCAAAUUAUGGGCUAUGUUAUAGCUCUUUUUUCUUACUGUAUGUCAACGUGUCUUGUUUUAUUUUGGGGCAAACAUCUAAGACCAAGUUUAUAGGGAUAAAAGGGGAUAAAUAGAUCAGAAUUUACUCACAAAAACAGUCCUUCAUAUCUUUCUAUCUCUCUGUCUGUCUGUUUGUCUGUCUGUCUUUCUAUCUAUCACCUGAGAUGUGAACGUGCAACUUCUGAGUUUAAAGGGUUAGUUCACCCAAAAAUUAAAAUUAUGUCAUUAAUUACUCACCCUCAUGUUGUUCCACACCCAUAAGACCAUCU